AUGCACGACAGGAUCCCCCUCAACGACGAUGCGCAAGAAAAGGGCCAGCGGAUGAACAAUAGGAAAGCUCUUCAAGAAAAGCAGAUAAACGAGAUCAAGAGGGCGGCCACCCCGCGCAAGAGCAUAGCGCGACUGGAAGAUCUCGACAAUGCUUCGCAAAGCCCCUAUAAUGGCACGCCUAGGGGGGGCAGGGGGUUGGUGGACGACGAGGACCCCAUCAUGGUCGGAGGAGUAUCGGUGACGCCUAUGAAGCGUGUUCCCCUUCUGGCCAACUUUGAGGAGUGGAUGAAGAUGGCCACCGACAACAAGAUCAACGCCACCAACUCGUGGAACUUUGCCCUCAUCGACUACUUCCACGACAUGUCCCUGCUCAAGGAAGGCGACGGUGUCAACUUUCAGAAAGCGAGUUGCACGCUGGAUGGCUGUGUCAAGAUCUACACAAAUCGAAUCGACAGCGUCGCAACCGAGACGGGCAAGCUGCUGAGCGGUCUCGCAGACAGCAACAACAAGAAGAAAGAUCGCGAUGCCGAAGACGGGGCUGCCGAAGGCGAAGAGAGUGAGGAAGAGGUUGACGAAAAUGGCAACGUCAAGAAGAAGACGAAGAAGAAGGUACAGAGGUCGUCUGAAGCAACACUAGCGCCAUCGUUUGCCUCCCUACAGCUCAAGAAAUUCGAACUCGAAUUUGCCGUCGAUCCCCUUUUCAAAAAGGCCUCCGCCGACUUCGACGAGGGAGGUGCCAAGGGUCUACUGCUCAAUCAUCUCAUGAUUGACUCCCAGGGCCGCAUUGUCUUCGACAGCAGCGAUGAUGCUGGUGAUGCGGACGACAAGAAGAGAGAGGGACAGCUGGAUGAAGAUGGAAACGAGGAAGACGACGAAGAAAACGUGCAGAGUCAGCUGGAGAAGGACAGGGCUCACCAUCACGAUGAAGACGGAGAUCAGGAGAUGAUGGAUGUGGAUAUCGACGUUGCAGCUCUCGCCCAACGAUUCUUCCCUGAUCUGAGUCUGCUAGACGAACUCGAUAUCUGCCCGUCACUGAAGAGUUUUGAACUGGGAGAUCCCUCCGGCUCCAUGGACAUCCCCUUCCUCAAGGCUCCGGAAGACUGGAGAGAGCAGGACAAGGACAAGAGCUUCGGCGCUCGGGGUGAUAAGUCUGGCAUGUUUAUCGACGAAGAUGCACCAGCCGGCUUUGAUGACGACGACCUGGGCCUAGGCAACUUUGAUGCCACCGGUGACGUCGCUUUCGGUGAGGGUGGUGAGGCCUGGGCUCGUGAGGCUGCUCUCGAGCCUCAGAUGCGUGUGUAUGACGCCGGUCUAGAUGGUGGUGAAGGCGGAGACGGAGAUGGAGAGGGCUUUGAUGAAAACGGCGAAUAUAUCGUGUCCAUGGGCAACUCACAGAAUGCAGACAAGGUGCAUCAGGACAUAUUGAGCUUUUUCGACCAGGCGUUACAGAAGAACUGGGCCAGUGCUGAGCACUGGAGGAUUCGCAAGAUCAAAGACACUAACAAACCAGCCGGAGAGACGAAGAAGCGCAAAGAGAAGGAGCCUUUUGAGAUUGAUUUCAAUGCGCCUCUGAGUGCCAGUCAGUCCGACGUCAUCUACACUCAAGCCACCAGCAACUCGGCGGUCUGUAUGCCCAAGAAGGACUGGAAGUCAAAAUCUCGAAAUCUGCUUCCUGACGAUAAGCAUUUCACCUCAAAAGUCUUGCUGAACCUCUUCCUCAAGCCCAAGUCACGCCUGGCUCAGAGGCGGGCAGGAUUUGGUGCACGCACGGGUGGCCAAGGCCACGGCGCCCAGGACAACAAUCGCCAACCGGCAGGAGAACUGGACGAGGCGUUUUGGGCACAGCAGAAGGCCCCAGAGGAUGCUGCCCUGGUUGAUGGCGAUUACGACGCCGACUUCUUCCAGGAUGAUGGUCUGCCGUUCCCAGGCGGGGAUGACGCAGACGACGAUGACCUCGAGUUUUCAGACGCCCGAGAGCAUCUGUCACCUGGAGCUGAGGGGGAUGUGGGCAUGACAGAAGGCAUUGGAAUGACGGCCUUGCUGAACGGAGAGACCAUGAAUACCAUGGGCGCCUUUGGCACGACACUCAUCACCCAAACACGCCGUGUGCGUCCCGAAUACGUCCAGUAUGCCAGGGUCGCCAAGAAGGUGGACGUGCGCCGCCUCAAGGAGAACCUUUGGAAGGGCCUGGAAGAGUUGGAGCCGCUGUCAGCCUCCCCCGGGCGGAUAUCGUCGCCGCCAAGCUCAGGGGAGGAGCCUACGCUCAAGUUCACCGAGGUGAUGAAUUCGCUGCAAUCGGUGUACCCCAAGCCUGUCAUGGCGGAUAUCUCCACCUCAUAUUGCUUCAUCUGCCUGCUGCAUCUGGCCAACGAAAAGGGGCUUGUGAUUGAGAAUACGGAGGGACUGAAUGAGCUGGAGAUUCGAAGAGACUGGACGGCGGAGAUCACAGAAGGCGCCGUGUAGAUUUGGCAGUUACCUCAAAGACGAUGGCUCACAGCUUCUAAUGAGUUAUAUGAUGAAUGA